UUGCAGAAGGAGAACAGGUUGUUAGACAUUUUGAUAUUGAUGAUAAUUUGUAUAAAAAAUAUAUAAAUAAACAACUUAUCAAAUAUCAUCAAGAAAAUUUAAAACAACCUAAUAUUACUGAAUUACAAAAACAAUUUAAUAAUGAAAAAUUAAAUCUUUUGCAACAAAAAAAAGUAAUUUAA